AAGCAGGGGGGAGAGAGAGAGAGAGAGGGAGAGAGGGAGAGGGAGGAGAAAAUGAACGGAAAAGUCACAGAAGGACAAGGAAGACAGCAAAAAACUAAUUGCCCGAAAUUGAAGUCACGCAGUUUGUCACGCGUGCCUCAUACCCAGGAGGCUCCGCGCGCGCUUUACGCAGCGCUGCGUCACUCUCUCCAAACUGUUCCACACGACGACCUGAGUUCACAUGGACUCCUGCGAGUUGCCAAUGAAUCCGUGCGGUUCAAAUGAGAGGACGCAGUGAGUUUGAACUGGGACCGGUUGAUAAACCAGCAUGGCAGACAGAAGGACUUUCAACGUGGUGAUUUUGGGUGUUGGAUUUCUGUUCAUUUUCACCGCCUUCACCACUUGCGGCAACGUUGAACAAACGGUAGUGAAAAGCCUGCGGAAUGUCACCUUGGGCGGGACCGGGUACCACAGCCUGGGGAUCAUCUACGGAGUCUUUUCUUUCGCCAAUUUACUGGCACCAGCCGUCGUGGCGGUAAUUGGGCCGAGGGUCACCAUGUUUCUCAGCGGCCUACUUUACAGCGGGUACGUCGCUGUGUUCAUCGUCCCUUCAACGUGGUCCUUUUAUCUGACCUCCGUGCUCCUCGGCGUAGGAGCCGCCAUGCUGUGGACAGCUCAAGGACACUUCCUGGUGGAGAACUCGGAGGCCUCCACCAUCAACAGGAACACGGGGAUGUUCUGGGCUCUCCUGCAGUGCAGCAUGUUAUUUGGCAAUCUUUACAUUUAUUUGGACGGUUAUGGAAAGACAGAGAUAUCAGACAGCAGCAGGAAGAACCUGUUUCUGUCCCUGCUGGUGGCCUCCGUACUCGGCACACUCAGCUUCCUCGCGCUGAGAAGGAGCCACGGCGAAGACGAGAUGCUCUCCGAAGAGGAAGGGCAGUCGCUGCUCUCGACCCGCGUGAUGUACAAGCACAGAGCAAACGGUGCCAUGCAAGAUGCCAAGUCAGAAUUCAAAACCAUCCUGCAGCUGCUGAGGACUCCGACCAUCCUGCUGCUGAGUCCCUGCAUGGCGUACAGCGGCCUGGAGCUGGCGUUCUACAGCGGCGUGUACGGGACCUGCAUCGGAGCCACGGCGCAGUUUGGGGAUGCGGCCAGAGGCUUGAUCGGGAUCUCUGGCAUCGUGGUGGGCAUCGGGGAAAUUGUGGGCGGCGGCUUGUUCGGGUUGCUGUGCACCAACAACCGCUUCAGGCGGACCUCCGUGGUCUUCCUGGGGAUGGUCGUCCACUUCGUCGCCGUCUACUUGAUCUUCCUCAACAUCCCGGACGACGCCCCCGUCGUCUUUAGCACGGCCACCCAGAGCAAACCGUUCCUGACUCCCAGCGUGUCCAUCGCCCUGCUGUGCAGCUUCCUGCUCGGACUCGGGGACAGCUGCUUCAACACGCAGCUCUACAGCAUUCUGGGCAGCGUGUACGCCGAGCACAGCGCGCCCGCCUUCGCCAUCUUCAAAUUCAUCCAGUCUGUGUUCGCAGCGGUGGCCUUCUUCUACGGCGGGUACCUGCCGCUCAAGUGGCAGCUGCUGGCGAUGGUCGCGCUGGGCUUCGCCGGGACGCUGUGCUUCUUCGCGGUGGAGCGGACGCAGAGCGUCUCCGCAGACUCGCAGGAGGAUUAGAAGGGGAGGACGUCUGUGCGGCGAAAGUACUUUUAAGCGUUUCCGCGUAAGGUGGAUCGUUCUUCACUAAUACGCUCGUCUCAUCGUAGGUUUUUAAAAUAGCCCCUUGCCUUAUCGAGUACUUAUUCGCAUUGCUUCCAGCUCAGGUUUCUUAUUACAGGCAGUUUUAUAAUAUGUAAUUCAAAAUAAUGUCAUGCCUGAAUUUUUUAAAUUUUUUUUAAGCUGUUCCGUUUGGCGGAAAUCAUUGAAAUGUAUGCAAGUGUCGUAGUAUUGUUGUAAUGAAAUAUUUACUAGUUAAUGCCUGACAAUCAUUUUGUACUCAAUGUUGAAAGUUAAAGAAAGUUGAAUGUUUUUUCAGUCAUUUAAAAUCGAACAUGCUGAGCAAAGCUAUUUACUGUAAUAAACACUUAAGAUGUUGUAAAUGUCCCAAAAGGUUCAAUCUGUAAAUAAAUCUGAAUGGGAUCACACUUCUCUGAGCGGAGUUGGAGGAGACGUUACGUGUUUCAGGUCGAAAACGCUUUCACUCCUCCAGUUUAACGCAAAACAAGAUAAAUCUACCGUCCGUUAUCCUGAAUUUCCACAUUUAUUGCAGAAUCCACGAGGCCAUUAAUCAAAAGAGGAGCAGCAGAGGGGUUAUAGGCCCUCGGGCCCCAUAUUACCUCGCUGGUAAUUGAGUAUUGAUUACAUUAUAAGGAGAGUAAGCAGUUUUGUGUGACCUUAAGCCAAUUGUGGCGCAUUCCUGACAACAAAGAGCUGAUGGGUUAAGUGAAGUAUACAGCGUUUACUCACACAAUUAAACUGCGCCAGGGUUCAUGUUAUUAGUUUAGAAAACCUCGUAAGGAAAGUAACUGGGUUUGGAUAAGUCUAUUACCUGAACACCGGCUAAUGCGUCAGCUCGUAGUGAUUCCACUGCGUUUCUCCACCCAAAGGUAACAGAGAAAAAUGAUCUGCAUCACUGAAGUAAAUAAAUGAGCUGUUCUUUAUUAAAAUGCAGAGCGGAGUGCAUUUCAAAAAUAAGCCCAACUGUAUUUGCAGUAAAUUGAUGUUUGUUUUGACCACUUUUUUUUUCUUUCUGACUCAUUUCCUUAUGUUACACUUUGUGGAUCCUUUUAUCAAAAAAAAAAAAAAAGUCUUCAUCAGUUUCACUCCGCCGUCAUUUUCCAUUGGACUGGAAAGCCAAUCAAAAGCGCGAUUUAGUUCCCUUUACGGACCCGUGGGAAACGCGGGCGCAGCCCGUUAGCGGUCCG